AUGGCGGCGCUGUCCUAUCAUACCUGGGACCUGCGCUCCAGCUGCCGCUGGUAUUUGGCUGGUGCGGGGAUCCUAUGGGUGGUGCUGAGUGUGGCCGCUGGAGCCCACGCCAUUCUUAUCAAGAAGCAGUUGGGCUGUGCCUGGCCCGCCGUGACUGUACAACCUUUCCACGAGCUCCUUCGCAUCGAGAUUACCGUGCCGGCCCAUUGGGCCCUCCAACCUGGCCAGUGGGUGUAUCUCUGGUUGCCUCAUGCAGGCUUCCGAACAUGCUUUCAACUGCCCCUCUUUUAUGUCUCCUUCUGGGACGACACGCCUAAGCAGCGCACGCUCUAUAUUCUGGUCCGGCCGAAGUCUGUUAGUCUCUAUCAACGCCUGUAUAUGCGGGAGUCGCUUCAUGGUCGUCAACGGUUCGCUCUACUGCUGGGGCCCUACGGUCGGUCUCUCGACUUCACCGCGUUUGGGACAAUCCUAUUUAUUGUGGAAGAUACUGCCAUUGUGCGUGUGCUUCCCUUCAUCCGCAUGCUAGUCCUGGCAAGCGAACAACGUCGAGCGAUGGUGCGAAAGUUGAGGAUCGUCUGGCAAAUGGAUGAUUUCACGGAUUGGAUGCAGGAACUGUUGGACCUCGACCGGGGUGAAUUCAAGAUCCUGCGGUUUAGUCUAUAUUACCGGUUAAACAGCACAACCGACAAUCCGGAUGAUAUGCGUGGCGGGCGAAUCAAAUUGUGUCCAGGCUCGAUGAAAGCUGGACAAGUGGCACAACACCAUCUCAACAAGCGCCGAGGGAAGCUGGCCGUGGGCGGGCAGUCCGAGAAGUGGUCCAACCUCAGACAGGGAUUGACGUGA